AUGUUUAAAAGUAGAAGAAAGCGACAACAACAAAAGUUGGCUGAAGAGGCCGAAGCAGCCGCAGCCGCAGCCGCAGCAACCAAUGUUAUAGAAACACCUAGCAAAUAUCAAUUAUUAGACGACAUUCAGGUUGCUCAUGACUUUCGGUCUUCAGUAAUCUUGCCUCAAUUGAACAAAGAUCUAGAUCCAAACAAAAUGACGAGACAACAACAACAUCUUCAACAAUUACAAAACGAUGGUACUAAGCAAUACCAAGAGUUGGCAGCCUGGAGACAUCAGCGUAGCCAAAAUAGGUAUUCCAAUGGCCUGUUUGGUGGUAAACAACGAGGUAGACCUAAGCCUAACCAAAUCAAAAAGAUUGUCGAAAAUGAGCAUGAACCUACUGACUUUUUACCACCCCAAGAAUCCUAUGCACCAGAGGAUUCAGACGAAGAAAACUACUUCUUUCAAGAUUUUUCUACCACCGAAAAACCAGUGAAAAAGUCAAGUUCUCGUUCCAAUAGACGUCACCCUGCUCCUACUGCAGGUAAAUUCGACUUGUCAUCAUUUGCACGCGAUUUACACGACCAUCGUCUUUCAGUGAUUCAACCACGUGAAAGCAGAAUUAUCAUGACAGAAGAUGAUGAAUUAGAACUCGAAAAACUUUUGCUUCGUCAAAGACAGCGUAUGUCCAUGAUGACCAUCAAUAACGAAAGUAUGGAUUCUAUACCGCCUCCUUUACCUUCUCUUGACCUAUUCAAGUCCCAUCAAUUACCCGCCCUUAAAAAUACAUCGGCUAUAAAAUCAAUUCCUGCAGAAUUAUCCGUUUUACAAGACAUACGAAAAGAGCCACUUGAACAUGAUAAAUUACAACAUCAAACACCUGUUCAAGUACCACCCAUGCACACUGCACCACCUUCUCGUACUCCAUCCAUACGUCCUUUAGCUUCUUUAAGUGAGACCAGAAUUUCAGCUCACACCCAGGAUACGAAAAGACAUAGUCCAUCUGCCCAUACAGCUCCCAAGCGUACAACCCCACCACCACCUUCUCGCACCCCCUCCGUCAGACCUUUGGCCUCUGUAAGUGAAUCUGCUACUAGAACCUCAACAAUGCAAAACCAAGAAAAAAAGACACACAGUCCACCACCAUCUCGUACUCCCUCCAUCCGACCUUUAGCCUCUCUCAGCGAAUCAUCCAGUAUUUCGGUCCCGAAAUUCGAUCCCGUCAAACGCUCUAUAUCCACCACCAGCAUACGAUCCAAUGCCACAACUAGUACGACACGUACACGUACACGACUUACACCCAUUCAUGACAUAGAGUCCCGUCAAGCUGCACGAAAAUCAAUCAGUAUGGAUAAUUUAAAACUGGUGGAUGAUAACGAACCUUCUGUUACCUCCGCUGCGUUAGAUUGGAUUAACGGAGACGCUACGCAAGACCCGACCUCAUUUCUAUACCGUAAAGCAGCUACACCGCAACUCGCUGAAGUGGCACCUAAGCGAAGUCUGUUUGGUAGUUUACGGCAAGUGAGUCGAAGUAAGACACAUGCUGGUCAUGGUGGUGUUACUUCAAUUAAAGGGUUGGUCCGAAACUUUAGUUCUUCUCAUAAACAAGAUCCUGGUAUGUCUCGUGCUGCCAUGGCUGUGAUUCAACAUAACGCAAAGACAGAAGAACCACGCAGUACAACCGCAACAAAAUCAGACGCCAAUCUCAUUUCGAAUUUGAUCUCGAGAGCUUCUUCAGGUCGAACUAAAGUGGUAAAUAUGGAAGAUGCAGCUAAAAAGAAGAGAGCGCAAGUCGUGCGUCGAACGAUUAUUUAUGUACAACCGGAUUCGUUACAUGAUAUGCUGAAAAAUAAUGGCGGCGUUCCUCCACCUGUUCCUUCCAUGCCUUCAAGAAAUACUGUACUUUCAGAUCAUUCACUGGAUGAUGAUACAAAGGAAUAUGUAACAGCCACUAAAAUUGUAAGACAGACGUCUGUACGUAAGCGUGUGGUGGAUACAAACCAGCCUUCUGCAGUCUCUCGAGAGACAUCUGGAAAACGAUAUCAACUCAAGAGCGUGGAUGAACAUGCCUUAUUAAACGACGCGAAACAUAGCAGUAGUAGUGGUAGUAGUGAAAAUAGUGAUUAUUUAGAAGGUGUUGAGUUGAGAGAGAUGAGUGAUGGUACAGUGGUAUGGGGACUUGUGAAGAAGGGAGGUUCCAGCACUUUAGACAAGGAAGAAGAAAGAAUACCUGGAUCACCGCCACCUAUUCCUAAACGUUCCCCGCGACGACAAGAGACCAAUGUGUAUUAUUCUGAUCAAGACACAUUACCGCACUUGUUAAAAAUGAUGCAAGGACAACAUCCUGGUGAUGAAGAAGAUGCAUACGAAUUCGAUCAACGCGCCAUGACAUCGGUUGAUGAUCAAUUAGAUGAAAUGAUGAGAAUUUUGACAAGCCCGCAACAUUAA